AUGGCAGCGUUUGUGAGGGUCUCUGGUCCUCCCAAUAGCAACUUCCUCGUUGGAUACCCAGGCAUAUCGGCGACACUGCCUCGAGUGGAAGGACGAGUCGAGAUUCGACCCCAACAAGGUGUCUCCGCCCCGGUAAACGUAUCCCUCGUCACCGUCUCCCUACAACGUCGCGAAUCGAUCAACGCCAACGCCGACUCCCUCAUUCGCUCGAACAUAUCCUCCUCGCGGAAAGAAGUCGUCGACAUAGUGGGGAAAGAGAUGCUGCUAUUCAGGUGUCCGCCAGGAAAGGAAUCAGAACAAGUAAUGUGUAUGGAUCUGCCGUUUGUUAUAUUCAUACCGUACGGGCGUGGUGGGGAAGAGAUUGCGAGAAGGGUACCGCCUGCGUCAUUACAACUGGACAAGCGUGCGGCGGAGACGUUUUACGAGAUUGUGGUGACGGUACAACAGGGCCACCAAGAGCAGAGGAAAUACCCCUUUCCGGUCCCGAUAACACGAUACGACACGUUGAGCACGUUUGGCAUGUACAAUCGGCCUGAGAGUAUGGAGCAGACGGCGGACCACCUGGUGACGCUGGGAAUUAGCCUGCCAAGAUGGAGCUAUGGACCGUUGGAUCCUGUCUCGGUAUAUAUCAAACUCAGUCCGAAUGCUGACUGGCUGAGCCGGGCGAAGAAAGUGACGAUCCAGAGUAUAACAGUCGGCAUUGACGAAGAAAUCAUCUACAAUCCAGAAGGGGACGAGCCGAGUCGGAAGGUGAAGACAUUGGCGAAGCACCAGCAGAGUGUGGGUGUAAAACUGCCUGAAGCUGGAUACUUUACGAAUCUCGGGCUUGUCUUUCCUGCGCGAGAACUGAGGGACAACGAGGGCGUGCUGCCGCGAGGGAAAAAAGAGUUUCCAAUGUACAAAGUUAGUGGCUUCACGACCACGGGCACAUUGUACAAGAUUGAGUACUAUCUCACAGUAAAGGCGAGACUCUCCUCAGCUAGGGACAUCCUUCUGCGCAAACCGAUCGUAGUCUGCCCCUUUGACCAUGUGGGCUGUAAAGAAGAAAUGGAGGCAAUCGAGCAGGCCGCGAAAGACGCGGCGCAUAUAUCCCCCGACAACCCCAUGCUACCAGCAGCGACGAUCAUCAGAGCGAACGAUCCGGCGGGACUUCGAGCGUUGGGAAUGUGCAUUAUUGGCGGCCAACGGAAGCCGCUGAUUGAGUGA